AUUUAUCAAAUCACCAACAGUGUGCACUAUUCAAAUUUUCGAAUUUGACUAUAUAUACAUACCUAACCAAAACCAAAAACAACACAAAGAAAACAAUUAUUAUAGCCCAUAAUUCAUUAUAACCAUGCAAACACUUGAAUCUCUUCCUGCUUACCUGCAAGAAAAAGAAAUGUCUCAAGAUUUUCGAGACUUCAUAGUCUCUCUACCAACUGAAAAGGGUUGGGUCGCCAAUCAUCUCCAUCAAUACCAAGGAUUUUGGCAUCCAACUAGGCAACUAAAAGGUGUUAUAGCUUGUCAAAACCAUUUUCAAGCUCAAGAAAAUGAUAUCUUCCUUAUUACCACUCCUAAAUCAGGCACAACUUGGUUAAAAGCACUAACAUUUGCUCUGGUGAACCGCGUUCGGUUUCCUAACCCUAAAGAAAACCACCCUUUGCUUACUAAUAAUCCUCACGUUCUUGUUCCUUUCUUGGACAUGGCAUAUAUUGAUACUGAUUCUCCUGAUUUUUCUAGUUUUACCUCUCCAAGAUUGUUUUCUACCCAUUUGCCAUUUGUGUCUCUUCCAAAAUCUGUGGAGGACUUGGGCUGUAAGAUUGUUUACUUGUGUAGAAACCCUAAAGACACUUUUGUUUCUCUUUAUCAUUUUACAAAUAGGUUAAGGCAUAAAGAAAAAGGUGAAAAUUCACUCGAAGAAGUUUUUGAUAAGUUUUGUAGAGGUGUGAGUUUGUAUGGGCCAUUUUGGGAUCAUGUUUUAGGGUAUUGGAAGCAAAGUUUGGAAAACCCUAAAAGAGUUUUGUUUUUGAAAUAUGAAGAUUUCAAAGAAGAGCCUAAAUUGCAUUUGAAGAAAUUAUCUGAAUUUUUAGAGUGUCCAUUUUCAGAAGAAGAAGAAAAUCAUACAGUAAUCGAUCAAAUUUUAAACUUGUGUAGUUUUGAUAAUUUGAGCAAUUUAGAGGUGAAUAAAACCGGAAAGUUACCGUCUGGUGAGGAAAAUUGUGCCUUUUUCCGGCGGGGUGAGAUAGGAGAUUACAAGAAUUUCCUUACAAAAGAGAUGUUGGAAAAAUUGGACCACCUCACAAAAGAAAAGUUGCCUGCUUUAUUACUAUGAUUGAGGGUACUCUCUUUCCAAGUAUAAGCAUAAUGUUGCCUCUUUUUCUUGUAGUAUUAGUAGCCAUGAAUCUGUUGUUUUGCUUAUAUUUGUUCACAUUUUCUGUUGCAUUGUCAAUUAUUAUAAAUACGAAUGUACCAUCUUUGGAUCUUUGUUAAUUAUUAUGUACAAUAAUGUCUUCAUUUGAAAAGAAAAUAAUAUUUCAUUAAAAUUUUCUAA